GAAAAUGUAGCUUUACUUGAACAAAUUUCAGAUCAUCGUCCCAAUGGAAAACAUUUUCAUUUUUAAACCAUCAUGCCGACGAAAGUAAAAAUUAAAUAACUAUGUUUAACAACAACAAGAAACACAAAUGUGUCCCGCCACGGAGAAAUUGGAUCUGAGCACAACAGAGUCAGAUAUUUUAAUAUUACAGGAAAAAGGAUUCAUAUUAGAAAAAAUAAUAGGAGAAGGAUCUUACGCCAAAGUAUUUAAAGCAACGCACAUGGUCGACGAAACUCGUCACAGCGUGAUGGCUUGCAAAGUAAUAGAUACAGCACAAGCUCCAAGGGAUUACUUGACAAAAUUUUUACCGCGAGAGCUAGACAUUCUGAUUCGUAUAAAUCACCCGCACAUUGUUCACGUAUCUAACAUUUUCCAGCGUCGCGCUAAAUACUUCAUAUUUCUUCGUUUUGCCGAAAACGGUGACUUGCUCGAUUUCUUGUCACAGAAUGGUGCAGUGCCGGAAAACCAGAGCAGGCUCUGGAUGCGGCAGAUUUUGUCCGGGAUUAACUACAUACACACGAUGAACAUAGCGCACAGAGACUUGAAAUGUGAAAAUGUUCUCAUUACGGCCAAUUACAACGUGAAAAUAACCGAUUUUGGAUUUGCGCGUAAUGUCAGACAGAGAGACAGAGACUUGUUAAGCGAAACAUAUUGCGGUUCCCUUUCCUACGCAGCUCCUGAAGUGUUAAAAGGCGUUCCAUACUUACCGAAACUAGCCGACAUGUGGUCUAUUGGUAUUAUUUUGUACACUAUGCUUAAUAAAGCACUUCCGUUUAACGAGACGUCCGUAAAGAAAUUGUACGAAAAACAGGUAAUGCGUAAGUGGCGCUUUCGCACAAGCGUGGUGAGCCAGCUAUCGACGGAGUGCAAGCAGCAGGUGACGCAGCUGAUGGAGCCCGAGGCGAAGUCGCGGCCCACUGCCAACACGAUUUUUCAUGGACCCUGGAUAGCUAUGGACCCGAGACUUACCAAACUAACAUUUUUAGAAGAAUCAUUGUUAAAGCAAGCUCAAGAAGAAUCUUAUAGAAAAGAAAGGGAACACGUUGAAGAAGAGACUGAAGUGGAGAGGCUCGCGGAACUGAGGCGUAAAGGCAGAGGAAAAGAGGGAUUAAAAGUACUUAAAACAGCCGAUUCAAAUUUCGGUAAAUCACAACCUUUAUUCGAAGAUGCGGAGUGAAAAACAGCAAAUGUAUUCAUUCAUUCAGUAUUUAUUAACUCUUACAUUUUAUAUUUAUUUAAGUUAUUGUAAAAAUUAUUUUAAUACAUUUUUGUAUAAACGA